GCGGGCUAGGGGAAGGCUCGGGUAGCCAGCCGAGAUCCCGGGCCGUCGAGGGUUCCGGCGAGCUUGCGGGCAUGAGCUGGGCCCGGGGCCGAGCGGUGGCGGCUCUGCUCCGCUGGGGGCGCGGCGCGGGCGGCGGCGGCCUGCGGGGUCCCGGCGUGCGGGUGGCGGGCUCGGGCGCGGGCGGCGGCAGCGGCUCGUCGGAGCGGCUGGACGCUCUGGUGAAGAAGGACAAGGUGGUGGUCUUCCUCAAGGGGACGCCAGAGCAGCCCCAGUGCGGCUUCAGCAACGCCGUGGUGCAGAUCCUGCGGCUGCACGGCGUCCGCGACUACGCGGCCUACAACGUGCUGGACGACCCCGAGCUCCGACAAGGCAUUAAAGACUAUUCCAACUGGCCCACCAUCCCACAAGUGUACCUCAAUGGCGAGUUUGUGGGGGGUUGUGACAUUCUUCUGCAGAUGCACCAGAAUGGGGACCUGGUGGAAGAACUCAAAAAGCUGGGGAUCCACUCCACCCUUUUAGAUGAAAAGAAAGACCAAGACUCCAAAUGAGGGCACCCGGGUCCUCACUGUGCAGAGAGGGAGCCGAUGACGUCAGAGAUGCACUGCCGGAAAAGCCUUACUGAUUUGGGGCUCACUAUUAAAAAAGGCAACUGCUUGCACUGACUCUUUUGGUUGUUAACAGUCGGUGAUUUUAGUUUGUCUGGUGUUUGGGCUAAGAAUAUUCUAUUGUGAUCUUAAUUGCAACCACUGCACUGUAAUAAUUCGAUGUUGUAUAAUGAUAUUGCUGUAAGCAAAAUUCGUUCUUAUAUUGUCAUUCUUUGCCUGAUUCAGGAGUUAAAUAGGAGCUUUUGAAUCAUUAUUAUUCAUGACUCCCAUGCAAAUGUGUCAGUCUGCAAAGAUAAUAUUAUAGCCCCCUAAUUUUUUGUAACUUUUUCUGUUUAAGAAAAUGACAAGCAAAGAAGAAAAUGUGACAACUGGGGUGUUGUUUUUUUAAAAUAAACUGCCAACAAAGGGAUACCACGGAUGCAUGAGUUGUUAAUUUUGAAGAGCAUACAUCCGUAAGAAAUUUUAGUGCCUGCGACCUUUUGUUUUUGGGAAUUAAGAGUGAUUCUCUUUCCACUGAAUGUUUGUAUAAAAAACAAAAAAAGAGUGGUUCUCAUACUCUUCUAUUAAAUUUGCUAUAAGAAUUGC